AUGCCAACAGAUAAUCGUAAACAAUCAGAAUCAUCCUAUUCGGAUGAUCAUGCCGACGAAUUCGACUCGGAGGAGAGUACAAGUUCGGAGGAUAAUUUGGGCGUUCCGGUAAGGAACGUGGUAACGCAGGCAUUCUUCAACAGCAUAAUAAGGAAGGCACCUCCAAACUGCAAGGGGAAGCGAUUCUACACCAGGGCUGCUUUCCUCACCGCGACCCGAUCCUACCCUCGGUUCGGCCAGCUCAAACCUGACCCUGCCGCUAAGCGCGAGAUCGCCGCUUUCUUCGCCCAUGUCACCCACGAAACUGGAUUUUCGGUAUUAUGUGCUGAAAAUGCAUGCAUGCAUGCAGCGUUGUGCUAUACCGAGGAGAUAAAGAAAUCGCGGUACUGCGACCCGAAGGCGAAGCAGUGGCCGUGCGCCCCUGGGAGGCAGUACUACGGGCGGGGCCCGCUCCAGCUGACGUGGAACUACAACUACGGGCCGUGCGGGCGAGCCAACAGGUUCGACGGCCUGAAGAAUCCGGACAUCGUGGCGAGGAACCGGGUGGUGGCCUGGAAGGCUGCGCUGUGGUUCUGGAUGAAGAACGUCCGGCCCGUGGUGGGCCGCGGGUUCGGGCCCACGAUUCGGGCCAUCAACGGCGCCCUGGAGUGCAACGGGAAGAAUCCUGCUGCUGUCAAAGCUCGCGUCGACUUCUACAGGGCCUACUGCAAGCGCUUCGGUGUCGCACCGGGGCCUAAUCUCACCUGCUAA